AUGCUUGCUGCUGAACAAUCGCCGUCUCCGAUCGCCGCCAUGGCUAUGAAUGGGGGACCUGUCGAGAGGUUUCACAAGGGCCGGACGGAAAGCAUUGAAAUACCGCAGAGCAAGACCGUCCUGAAAGAUGAUGAAUCCAUUGCUUCCGGCUCAACCGAUUCACAGUCGCAGAUGAAGAAGAGACUCAGCGUAGACAUGUCUAAGGAACAGGUUGAGGAUCUGGUGCGGAAGUUGACUAUCGAUGAGAUGAAGACGAAGUGGUUUGACGAGAUCUUUGAGAAAGUCAAGUCUGAGCAAAUAUUCGACUGUCGUCCACAUGGAGCUCUCGAUAGCCUGGAAACACUAUAUCAGCAUCUGCGAUGUGAAAACCAUCUCAUCCAGAGACGACCCGGCGGAAUGCCUCACAUUCCCUCUCUAACUCCCGCUGGUUUCGAGCAUUGGAUGGUCUGUCAGCUCCGCGCAUUUCCUGACCACGAAGCCAAGCGUCUAAGCCACAUCUUGGCCGACCUUCCUAUCACAGCUGAUGGAGUUCUCGUCGAUGAUAAGCCGGAGCGUCUACCAAAGCAAAUCUCUCGGCAUCUUCUUCCAGAGACUCGACAUAGGGAGACACAUGAUCUUGUGGUUGAUGCCAUUGCAGGGUGGAUCAAGCAUACAGAGGAGAAUGAGUCUGACUUUAGACGGAACUCGGCUGAGGAUAUCUACAAAACCAGCUCGAAAGAGGACAAGACUGGACGGUACAGACCUGAUGACUAUCGGGAUCGUGACCCCGCAAAGUAUCGUCGUGGAUCAAAAGACAACCACAAGCCGUCACCACUAUCUCGCUCCGAUCCCUCAAAUCGCUUCGUUCCUCGCGUCAGCUCAGACAGCACCAUUCGUCCAUCCAAGGGGAUCAAGGAAAGCCCUCCUACAUCCCCUAUACCAGUUCGCAGGGUUAAAAGCCCUAUAUCCAAUCGUUACCGCCACUCAGCAUCUGCCAUCGACAACGACACCAGCACAGCUGAUACUCGUGACGCACCCUCACCAAGCCAUCGGAAUAGUUAUCCUACUCCCGCCAGCAGUCGACGCAAUCGUGACAAAGAUUAUCGAUACCCCUCAGGUCGCGAGUCAAAGUCACCGGUUGAAACAAUUCCUCGCUCACUACCGACGCCACGUAAAGAUGGCGAUCGUCGUUCGAGCUUGAUCUUUGAAGAAACUGGCAAAGACCCCAGUGGCAUGACUUACGAUGAGUACAUGCGUAUGAAACCGCGGCCUAUGCGUCACGCUGUUGUAGAUGAUGGAGGCCAUUAUCGCAAUCCUUACUCUAGCGGAAGCGAAGAGCGUCGAUGA